CAAAUAAAAAGAGCAAGGAUUUCUGAUAAACCUGGUUUCUUCUAUUCAUUAUAUUCUAUCAAUAAAAUCAAAUCCGAUAAAAUAGCUUAAACUUAUUACUUAAAAAUCCUAAUCAUUGUUUACAAUGUCCGGACCCGAACAAUUACAUAUAUCUGUACCUCAUUCAGAGCAUUAUAAUCCAUACGCUCACCGUAACAGCCGCUGUAGCAUAUCUUCUGCUGGCUCCUCAAAUUCCCCGCUAUCACCCAGAGAUGGUAGUUGGUCUACUGAAGAAAACCAUCGACGAUCUGCAAAGCGUGGCGUUAGUACUUUUAUUAGCAAACUCUUUAGCAUGGUUGGUGACGGUCGUAACCAGCAUCUGAUCUCUUGGAAUCCGAGUGGUUCGUCGUUUUUGGUCUGCAAUGCCACACGUUUUGCUCAAGAAGUGUUGCCUGAGCACUUCAAGCACUCUAACUUCUCCAGCUUUGUUCGACAAUUAAAUAUGUACGGCUUCCACAAGAUAAACAAAUCUCCUCGUGGUCAAAGAGGCAAUAACGAAAAUGAAAUAUGGGAAUUCUCGCAUCCCAAGUUUCAAAGAGGACGUCUCGACUUAUUAGAAGACAUUAAACGCAAAGCUAUGGAUUCUGAGCUUCUUCGACGUGAAACGGGCGAUAUCCAUGCUUCUUUUGCUAUGGUACAAUUAUCGCAAGCUGAUCUGCUCCAACAAUUUCGUGUCUUGCAAGAAAAUUUUACAAACUUAAUACAAGGCUUUGAAGAAAUGAAGAGAGUACAAUUACAACAACAGAUCAUGAUCCGAAGACUAGCAAAGGGUCAAGGCAUCACCAUCGCAUCGCCUUGUAAGUUGCUGGCUUGUGCUUUAUUUUAUCCACAGUAAUGAAUAUGUGUAGACUAACGUCUGUGUCUAUUUUCCUCUUUCCCAUCAUUAUUCAGUGCUCAAUGAUUACGAAAUCAGUAACUCACAAC